AUGGCUCAUCUCACAAAGGCGACUCAGUACAACAUCGAGGACUCGAAUAUCGCGCUGCUGGGGUCCGAUCUCGAGAAGAACGUGCGGGCCCAUGCCGGUGAUAGGGAGGUGGCUUGGGAUGAAGCCGGGAAGGUGCCCGGCACGCAAAUAUGGAGGAUUGAGAAGUUCACCGUCAAGGAGUGGCCCAAGACCAACUACGGCCGCUUCUACGACGGUGACUCGUACAUUGUCUUGCACACGUACAAGAAGGACCCCGACAACGAAGAUAUCUCCUACGACCUCCACUUCUGGCUCGGCGAAGAGACCAGUCAGGACGAGGCUGGGACCGCAGCAUACAAGACCGUCGAGCUCGACGAUCAUCUAGGCGGGAAGCCAGUGCAGUACCGCGAGGUACAAGGCUACGAGUCCCCGCGGUUCCUCUCCUACUUCCCCAAGUUCACCUCCCUCCACGGCGGCGUCGCCUCUGGCUUCCACCACGUCUCGGAGCCGCCCCCGGACAACACCCGCCGCCUGUACCGCAUCAGCGCGCCGCACGCGGGCAUCGCGCACGUCCAGGUGCGCGAGGUGCCCGCCGCGGGCGCGAGCGUCGUCCAGGGCAGCGUGUUCGUGCUGGACAUGGGCCCACGCGUCUGGCAGUUCAACACGGAGCACGCCGCCGCGGAGUUCGUCCAGUCGCUCGUGAGCGAGAGGCAGAGCCAGUGCGACGCAACCGUGUACGGUGCGUGCCCUUUCCGGCCCUUCCGACGUGCCCUCGGGCCCUCCGCCGCGGCGACCGUCACCUCCCCGCACGCCCUCUUCCGCCUCUCCGACGCCUCGGGCGAGGUCGUCUUUGACGAGGUCGCGCCAGCUACGGCGUCCUCGCUCACUUCCGACGACGCAUUUGUACUCGACGCGAGCGCGGACGCCGCCGCGCCCGCGGUGUACGUCUGGGUCGGCGCAGGGGCGUCGCUCACCGAGCGCCGCCUCGCGUUGCAGUACGGCCAGAGAUUCUUGUACGCGCACCGGGCGCAGAGCGGGCGCGCCGCGCUGGCGACGCAUAUCGUCAGAAUGGCAGAGGGGCAGGAAACCGAUGCGUUCCGUGUGGCGAUUGGUAUGUGA